ACAUACGUUUAAUGGCCUCCGAGUUGACUAGAAAGUAUUAACACCACUAGCUCAUAAAACCUAACCAAAACUCAAAGUCGGUUCCACCCAAACUAAUGGCGAUGAUCAAAACUCUAUUUCCACCGACCCUUUUCAUCAUCUUCUCCAUCACACACACAGUACUAUGUGCAGAAACAUGCAACUCUACUUCAUGCAGCCCUCUGGGGCCCACAGUCCGGUUCCCUUUCCGGCUCAGCAAUCAACCGAGACACUGCGGAUUUCCGGGUUUCGAUCUUUCAUGCAGCAACCAGUCUGAGCUCAUGAUAAAUCUCAAUCUCGCAGGAGAUUUUCAAGUGACUGAUAUUGAUUACAUGGAACAGACUAUUUACAUCAAGCCCGAGUUUUGUCCACCUAAUAGAAUUGGUGCUUUUAAUCCUCUGGACUCUCCGUUCAUUAUGGGUUUACGUGAAGAAUACUACUUUUUCAACUGCUCAUCAUCUGCCUGGUUUUUUCCGGGCGUUGAGGUUGUCAAGUGUUUUCCCGGUGAGGAUGGGAAUAAGACUGUUGCGGCGAUUCCCAGGAGAUUUUUCGACGAGUUUAUGAAUCAGGGUUUGGGGGAUUCCUGCCAAUUUAUCAAUUUCAAGAUUAGUACUUUGGUGGGGUUUGUGUGGGCUGCGCCCAAUUCUUCUGCCAAGAGUCUUUCAACAGCUGCUAAGUAUGGAAUAGUAGUCGGGGUAGGAUUGCCUGGAAUUUUUCUUCUCGUUUGUCUUGCAAGGUUUGCAAGGAGAAAGAUGAAAGAGCGUGCUCACAUCCAGCUGCGACAUAGUGUACAAAACCUCCCAACAACAAGAAUAUCACUAACGCCUCCUAGAUAUGUUAUGGGACUUGACAAAGCCACCAUCAACUCAUAUCCAAUGACAGUGUUGGGGGAAAGCAAGCGACUGCCUAAGCCUAGUGAUUCAACAUGCGCAAUAUGUUUGUCCGAAUACCAGCCAAAUGACAAACUAAGGACUGUGCCAGAAUGUAAUCACUAUUUUCAUUCUAAUUGUAUAGAUGAAUGGCUCAAACUCAAUGCCAGUUGUCCUGUAUGUAGAAACUUCCCGGAGGGAUCAUCUGGUAGAACAGCAGCUGAUCCUAUGUCCUCAUCAUCUUCGCCUACGUCUCUAUUCUCUAAUUAGGUAAGAUAAUGUACUGAACUUUUCUGCGGGAACCUUUGAAAGUUGUACAUGGUUGAUAUGUGUACAGGAGUUAUAAAAUUUUUAACUGAA